AUGAGUGUAAAUGAUGAUCAACGUGGUAAUGGACAUUCAGUUCGAUUCGAUGAAACUGUUUAUACGGAUGGUGAUCAGUCAACAGAAAAAAUUCCAGACGACAAUAAUGAAUUAAAUGCAAGAAAUCGAUUGAAUCAACGGAGAUUUAGUCGUAGAUCAAGUAUUUUAAAACGUCGAGUAAAUACAAUAACAACAUCGGAAGCACCACGAGUUAUUUUAUCCGAUGAAGGACUCAAAGGUGGACGAGUUUCACCUUUUACAAAUUUUCCAUUUUUUUUAAAAAUGACUGUUCGAUCAAUCGGAAUUGUUUUCGGUGAUAUUGGAACAUCUCCAUUAUAUGUCGUACAAACUAUUUUCGAUUCUCCUCCAAUUGAACGUGAUGUUAUUGGUGCAAUCGCCUUAAUCGUUUGGAGUUUAAUUGUCGUCGUAUCGCUAAAAUAUGCAAUAUUUAUCUUAAUAGCAGAUAAUCGUGGUGAAGGUGGGCCAUUCGCUUUAUGUGGUUUAUUAACUGGUCAAACAAGUUUUCUUCGAAAUCGAACAAAACAAUUUGUUAGUAUUAUUUCAAUCUUAUCAGCUUGUUUAUUAAUUGGUGAUAGUGCGUUAACACCAGCUGUAUCAAUUUUAUCUGCAUUUGAAGGAAUGGUUGUGGCUGAACCAUCACUUUCACCUUGGACUGUUCGAAUAUCGGUGAUUAUGAUUAUAAUUUUGUUUUUAAUUCAAAGAUGGGGUUCGUCAAGACUUGGUAUUUUCUUUGGACCCAUUAUGAUUUUAUGGUUUAUUCUAUUAGCCACAAUUGGAAUAUGGAGAAUUACGUUUAAACCAUCGAUUUUGAAAGCAUUUAAUCCAUGGGAAGCAUUACAUUAUCUAAUACGAACAAAAAAAACUGGGUUUUAUCAGAUUGGAUCGAUAUUUCUGUCGGUAACUGGUUUGGAAGCGUUAUAUGCUGAUUUAGGACAUUUUGGAAGAUGGCCUGUAAGAUUUGCGUGGUUUGCUUUGGUAUUUCCUGCAGUUUUAUUGAAUUAUUUGGGACAAGGUGCGGUUAUUAUCGUUGAUUCUACACUGAUUGAUAAUCCUUUUUAUCAUGCAGCACCUGAAUGGGGUUUAUGGCCAUUACUUGUCUUUUCUGUUAUUGCAUCCACAAUUGCUUCACAAGCAGUAAUAACAGGAGCAUUUUCCUUAGUUUCUCAAGCCGUUGCUAUGGGUUAUUGUGUUCCAUUUACCGUUGUUCAUACAUCACAAUCAAUCAUUAGUCAUAUUUACAUUCCAGCUGUAAAUUAUUUUCUUUUAGCAUUAACUCUUGCCGUAACAAUUGGUUUUCAAACAAGUGAUAAUUUAACAGAUGCAUAUGGUGUUACUGUAUGUAGUGUGAUGGUUAUUACAACAAUUCUUUAUAUGAUGGUUAUGCGUUACAGUUGGUCAAAUCCAAUUUGGAUUGUUGCUUUGUUUGGAAUCUUUUUAAUAAUUGACUUAUAUACAUUUGCAGCAAUUUGUACGACAAAGAUUGAUUCAGGUGGUUGGGUGGCAAUUGUCAUUGCAGUUGGUUUGUUUAUUUUUUCAUUUAGUUGGUAUUAUGGAAAUCAUUGUUUAAGACUCUAUUUAUCACAGAACUGUACAACAAAUCUAAUUGAAGAUUUACCAAAAAGAUUUGGAAUUCAAGAAUUUCAUCAAACCGAUGAAGAAAAUAAUGAUGAAGACGAUCCUCAAAGUUUAACAGAUGAUGAAAAUGACGAAAGAAGAUUUUCAAAUCGAACAGAUUCAAAUGAAAUUUCAGUUUCAAUUAUUGAAAAUCAUUUUGAUUCGAAUACACAAGAAGAUUCUCCAAUUGAACGAACAGAAAUUUGUUUUACAAAAGGAGUUGGUUGUUUUCUCAGUACUUCAAAGAAAUAUACUCCAUAUGUUUUUGAAACUUUUCUUCGUCGAAUGAAUGCAUCACAAGAAAUUCUAAUCUUUCUUAAACUUGAUUAUGCACGAAUCCCAUUAAUUGAUGAUGAUCAACGAUUAAUUGUUAGAAAAUUUGGUCAAAAUAUUUAUCAUAUCACAACUAUAUUUGGUUAUGCGGAAACAAAUGUAAAUCUUUUUAAUGUUCUUCAUUUAGCGAGACAAUUUUAUGAUAUUCCAAUAACUGAAGAUCAAUCAACAAUUACUUUUUAUCUUCCUAAUGAAACUAUUCAUGUGAAUACAAAAGGAUGGAAAACAUAUUUAAAACGAUGGCCUUUGUAUAUUUAUUCAGUUUUAAAGAAUUUAUAUCCUGGUAUGCCUUUAAAUUUUACAUCAAUACCAGAAAAUACCAUUAAAAUUGGAAUUCUUGUUGAUUUAUAA